AUGCCGGGCCGCCUCAUCGCCGGAGCCACGAGCCUGGAGCUUCUUCCACCGCGAGCACCGUGGGAGGCCUCGCCGAAGACGAGCUUCCUCGGUCUGCGGGCGGCUGAGGGCGUUUGUGGGACCAGCCGUCGGCUCCGACGAGGAGGCCGUCCAGAUUGGACGAUGCCCGUGAUCAGCUGGAUGUCGCUGGUGGCUUUGCGCCGAGGUUCCACCCGACCUCGAGUCGUGUGCGGCUGCGUGCCGAAGAACCUGGUGGAGGGCUGGGUGGUGAAGUACCAGCGUGAUGGUCCAGAAUCGACCUCUCUGGGCUUGGCCGUCGUGGACGAGAAAGGGCGGCUGCAGCCCUUGUGUACUUGGGAGGAGGAUGAACGAACCUUCGUAGUGAACGAAGAUGCAGACGCCAUCGAUGCAGAGGAUCGAGUCGUGCAAUUGCUGGACGUGAUGGUGAGCCAUCGGCAGAUGCCGCGCCCGGUGAACCCGCACGGAGAGGAGGUGGAGGACACCUACCUGGUGGAUGAAGAGGAGGACCUUUCUGAUGUGGAGAUUGUGGUGGUCUCCUUGUUGCUGCAGAGCGGCUGGCAAGUCGUAGACCAGAAGAACCGCCGGGGCGAGCGAGCGGAAGUGGUCGCCCAACGCUUGGACCGAGGAGGAGCAGCUGAAGAGAUCCUCCGAUCCAGGUCGCGAAGCUUCCAGGAGGCCUCCAGGGCUGAGGUGCCUUUGCAGCUCAUCGGUGAGAUGUCGCCUGUGCCUUGGACCUGGCAAUACCCCGUGCAGGAUGAGCAGCGGAGGAGCUUUGCCGGUGUGAACUUGGGCGCUUUUCCCAAGGAGACAUGCCGCCGCUGGAUGAAGACUCUCACGGAGCAGGGCGAUUGGAUUCAGCUGCCUGGGGUUCCCAGGGAGGUGAUCUGGUAUGUCUCGGAGGACUGUGCCGACGUGCCCUAUCGCUAUUCGGGCUUGGAGUUUCCGGCUGUGGUCUACCCGGAGGUGAUGAUGGAGAUCCGGGAGGAGCUUUGCAAGCUCUGCGGCAUUCCUGAGGGGGAGUAUCCCAACUCAUGCAACGUGAACAUCUACCAGGAUGGAAGUCAGGAGGUGGGCUGGCACUCGGAUGAUGAGGUCAUGUUCCAAGGCCUGGCCAAGGACACCAGGAUCCUCUCCUUGUCCUUGGGCGCCGCUCGAGACUUCUAUUGGCGCCUCCAAGGCACCUCAGAAGCCUUGGGCGUGGUCUCCCUGGGCGACGGAGAUGUGGCCACCAUGGAAGGCCUCUUCCAGAAGCACUACAAGCACGCGGUGCCUGCGAGCGAGCAGCCGUGUGGGCCCCGCAUCAACCUGACCUUCAGGUGGAUCAAAGUGAAGGCCCAUGCGGCGGAUGCUGGGACGGUGGCGACGUGA